UCGUGAACUUCUGCUCUCUUUUCUGUAUGUCAUCUGUUUCUCUCUCACCUCUCACCUCUCGCCUCUCGCCUCUCGCCUCUCGCCGUUUCUCUCUGUAGAUUGAAAAAUCAAAGAUUUAAGCCUUGAAAUUUGCUUUGCCUUAGAUGAGAUUGAUCGGGUAAUGACGAGCGAGGUUGAGUGAGAAAGAGAGAGAGGGGUUUUCGGAAAUUUUACUUUGUUUGGCUUGCUUGCUUGCUUCUUGUCUACUGGUUCUAAGGGUCCCUUCUUCUAUUCUUUCCUUCUGGUUUUGAUGGGUUCAGAAGGAGAAAUACUGAGAAGUAAAAUAUAUAGGCAAGCUGAGAGGGAUCACUUGUUGUUUAAAGCCUCAGUUUCUACAAACUUUCGGCCAUCCAAGUCUUGUUUAAGGCAUGGGAGUGUUUCUUUCUCCAUAGCUUCUUAGUGAAAGAGAGCUUCUUUCAGAACUCCUCUGAGCUUCAGAAACUGAAAGCAAAGUGGGCAAAAGAAAAAAAAUUAAGGCCCUGAUAUAAUACGUUUUGUUUAAAAUUCUUCAAUUCCUUUCAGUCAUGAAGAGACUUGCUAGCUCAGAUUCAUUGGGUGCUUUCAUCUCCGUUUGCCCAUCUUCAGAGGAGAAAGGCAGCUCCCAUGUUUACCGGAGAGGAUUUCAGUCCAUGCUGGAUGGCUUAGACGAUGGAGAUUGUGUUGAAGAAUCUGGUCAGAUCUCUGAGAAGAAGAGGCGAUUGAGCGUAGAUCAAGUGAAAGCCUUGGAGAGGAAUUUUGAAGUCGAGAACAAGCUUGAACCAGAGAGGAAAGUGAAGCUAGCCCAGGAUCUAGGCUUGCAGCCUCGACAAGUGGCCGUUUGGUUUCAGAACCGUAGAGCCCGGUGGAAGACCAAGCAAUUGGAGAGAGAUUACAACGUUUUGAAGGCCAAUUACGAUUCUCUUAAGCUCAAUUUCGAAGCCCUCCAACAAGACAAAGAAGCUUUACUUGCAGAGAUUAGGGAGCUGAAAGCGAAGACCCAAGAAGAUAACACAGAGAGCAAUGUCUCAGCAGCUAAAGAAGAAGAGAUCCUGAUCUCGGAAUCUGUUGAUAACAGAGUUGUAACUGAACAGAGUCAGAUCUCCAUGGCUGCUGCUGGGCUUGGAGGAUCUGAGACAGCUGAACCAAACCAAGAUUGCAACAACAAUACUGCUUAUGGAUCUUCCGACAGCGAUUCGAGUGCGAUCUUAAACGAAGACAAUUGCCCAAAUGCGGCAAUUUCUUCAUCUGGAGUGUUUCAGCAACAACAAUUACUGAUCUCUCCAGCUCCGUCUUCACUGAGAUUCAACUGCUCUUCAACAACAUCUUCUCCAUCACCCACUUCGCUCAAUUGCUUCCCGUUCUCAGAUUCAAGAUUGGGUUCAAAGAAUCCACAGAAAGCGUGUCAACAACCGCAGUAUGUGAAAAUGGAAGAACACAAUUUCUUUGGUGCUGAGGAGCACUGCAAUUUCUUCUCUGAUGAACAAGCUCCCACCCUUCAUUGGUACUGCCUUGAUCAGUGGAACUAAAGCUAACCCAGAUCAGGAAUGAAGCAGAAAAAAGAGAACCCAUCGAGAAUUUUGUAAAAUGGAACUGUAUCUAUGUCCAAUGGAGACCAUUGUACAAAAGAAGUUGCAGCAGAAGCAGUGGAGAAGAAGCUUAAUUGAUUAGGGAAGAAGGGAAUAAGUCCAUCAAGAAUAAGACAAACAAGAUUUAAAAAGUAAAAAGCAAGAAAUGGAAGACGACUUGCAGAGAAAGAGAGAGAGAUUGAGAAUUCACGUGGGUUCCAGAAGGGUUUCAGAGUAUAGUGACGUACUGGGCAGUGAAUGAGUCUGGGUUGCUUCUAAUUUCUUUACGCUUUACCGCUCCGUACUAAAUUGGCGGGAAUCAUUAGCUCGUUUGUUAAUCACUCUUAUAUGUAAAAAAAUCAUAAUCCUAACGGGGAUUAAGAAAAAAGUAAUCUAUCUUUGUAAGGGUAAUUAUGGGAAAAAAAUUCAAAUUCUCGUCUUA